GCGAAGUUCUGCUUUUUCACGGGUAUUGAACCAGUGCUGUUUCUCCGACGAGCGUUACAAUUCUGUUAUGGGGAGCGCCCUCGAUUGUUUAGUUAUUAUUUAGAAUUGAAGUAAUAAAUUAGUCAAGGUGUAAAGUCAGAUCAUGAAUUUAAGAAUUUGAAUGUCAGUUAAACGGUUUAUCAUGAUGGUCGUGUGGAUCAACGAGUUUCUGCAACGGUGCGGGCGUGCGAAGUUGUUACAAUGCUGCCUCAAAGUUUGAAAAACGGUUUGCAAACUUUAUUCCAAUAAAGAAGGGAGAUGGACAUAACAUCGACGGCAUGUUGGAGGACGUCGGCUGUGGAUGUGAGCGAUUCUGCUGUGGAUGUGAGGGUGUCUUCAGCGGGCAACGAGGCCAGCAGUGAUACAAUGGGUUUGGAGGAAGUGCGGAUGCACCUUACCUGUCUGCCGGAGCGGUACAUGUACGCAAAGUUCACAUUAUCGGCGUAUAUGCUUUGUUGGACCGUGUUAAAACUGUACCAGAGACUACAAUGCCCUGCCUGCCCACCCGGCCCUAGAUGCUCACCUGCCCAGCUACAGCCUCAGGACGCUCUAGAAGACUCCCUCCAGCACGGGGUAAAUCUGUGUCUGGAGCAGGGAGACCUGGGUCAGCAGCAGGGAGACCCUCAUGAUUGGAGCAACAGGACCGCCGGCAGUGUGUCAGAGGAUUACUUUGACUCACGCUCGUGGCACAGCGACACGCUGUCGGACCUGGGUCCAGAUGGCUUUUCAGUGAUGCUGGACAUGGACGAGCUACACACUGAGUGGCUCCUGGACAGCAGCAGCUGCCACACACUGGCUGACCACACACUGGCUGACCCCACUCUGGCUGACCCCACUCUGGCUGACCCCACACUGGCUGACCCCACGCUGGGUGACCCCACGCUGGCUGACCCCACGCUGGGUGACCACACACUGGGUGACCACACACUGGGUGAUAGCAGGGCCCGGCGCAGGGAGUCCGCCUCCAGCCCCAGGGAGACUCCUAGAGACGUACUCAGAGCAGGGAGAGGCACAGCCAGCACAGAGAAGCACUGCAUUACGUCCCUAAAUAACACCAGCACAGUGACAAACAGGCCAAACACAGACACACACUCUCUACGCUGCACACAAACAUCCCGCACAAAUGUUCCAGACCAGCACUGCACAGAUAGACAAGGCAUAGACACACACAAAGCUGUAGUACAACACCAACGCACAAAAAAUCACGACUCUGGACAGCAAAACAGCAGAGAGAUGCAUGACACUUCUACACACAACAGGGAUAUUCAACACCAGCACAACGCAAGCGACCACAACACUAACACUCCACACCAGCACAGCACAGAGGUACACUUCUCACAAGGCACAGACACAUGCAACAUACAGAUAGACAGCUCAGAGGAUAGAAUUUCAGAGGCUCAACAGCAAAACACAGAGAAACAUCAUACAGAUUUACAUAACUCAAACGGAGCAGACCAACUUAGCACAAACACAAAAUAUGACUUCUUGAUUCAAAAUUACACAGAACCUGUGCCAACUCAUACUGUAAAUGAACAAAAUUCAGAAAAAAACUGUCAUCCUCAGUUUACAGUGAAACUUGAUAAUCAAAUUUCCUACAUAUCAAACAUCCCAGAAACUUCCAAACACUCACAGCAGACUGAGGAGGCCGUUAACACAGGAAACGGGAGCUGUCCCUUGGAAUUAUACACAGAGGCGGGACUGCCUUUUUCAUUAAGCGUUCUAAACCCAUCUUCCCCUGCACCGGACAGGACGAGGGUUCGUCCACCUGGAUCCCAGUUCACCCCACCUUUCCCACUUACCAGGCGAGAUGGAGAUGGUUUUACCUGCACUCAACAACAAAAUCGAGGGCAUAAACAACAACAAACCCAGAACUCAAGUUCCCAGGAGGUUUGCUCAGGGCAGAGUCUGAUCCCUGAGCUCCAGGCCCAGGGGGACGCCGGCCUGGGCUCACCCAAGGGAGAGGAGCAUAUUUCAGGGCAGAGGGAAGGUGGGGGGGGGCUGGGUGUCCCCACUGAGCCCCAGCCUGGUUGGGAUCAGAUACAGUUUGACACUGAGGAGGAGUUUAAGGAAUGCGUCAUUACCAACCCCCACAUAGACACAACUUUCCACUGUGAUAGCUCAAGGUUGGAGACCUCCUCUCAGCUGUUAUUGGAGACCAGAGCAGAAGAGGGGAAGUCAUACCAUUCCCUGUCCUGGGAGAGAAAGAGAGAUGAAGCUGAGGAUAAUAUUUACCUUCAGCAGGGGCAGGAUAUUGUAGCAGAAAGCACAGCUCAUUCCUCAGAGUCACGGUCCAACACUGGAACGUCAGCAGAGCACAGUAGAGGGCAUCAGAGCUCCAGAGAAACAGAGCAGCCUUGCAGCCCUAGCGGGGUCUUCCUUGAACUCUCUCUCGACACAAACGUAAACUUGACACAGUGUGAGUUUAGCACAACUAGUAGAAGGUCAACUGAACCAGCCAAGACUGGAUCCAUUCACAGCUCAGAACCUGCAAGCUCAGUUCCAGAGCAACCAAAGCUGAAUCGCACCCCUCCACCCCCCUGUCACGUCAAGGCCUCUCCCCACUCCUUCUCAGACUCCAACAACAACACUAAACCCAGCAAGUGUUCAUCUAAUGGUGACGUGGUGACCAGAGGGAGGUCCUUGGAAGACAGCAGGUUUGAGGACAGAAAGAAAUCUGCCCCCUCUGUCCUGACAGACCCUGCAACUUUUACCCUUAACCCCCCCAGCAUAUCCAGGACAUCCACUUCAGUGGACUCCCAUCUCCUGAAAGACCUCCAGGACUCGGAGGAGUUCCUGGCCUCCCUGGACCACGAGGCCUACUGGAGCAGCGAGGACUCGGCCGUGUCGGUAGACCACACUGAGGGAGACCCGUUCAACUCAGCGGACGUGGAAGAGGUGGUGAAGUGCCAGGAGGACGGGGGUCUGGAUGCCAACAUCAUCCCCCAACAGGGAGGCUGCAGGGAGGCUGAAGAGGUACAUCAUUCUAACCGCGCCAAGUCCUCAUUUGUCUCUCAGUCAAACUCACUCAUAAGGGAAUGCCUCAAACCCACAGCCUCAUAUUUAGAGACCAGAGAUUUCCUAUUAGAAGGCGUAGACAAAGAGGAAUGGCAACACAGCUCCCACCCACAUAAACCUUCUGUAGACAGAGAGGGCUGCAGUUCACCUGAAGAGGAGUACACUCUGGCUGAGGAGUUCUGCUGCUACAUUCCUCCUGGCCCUCAUAGUGGACAGCAUGGCGCCAGGAUCGUGAGACACCCUGACAUUAGCCUCAGCCUGCUCUCCAUCAGCAGCCUCGAGCCAAUCGUAGAGGACGAGCGUUCCCAGGAGAACUCUGGGAUUGUGGAGGAUGAGGACAAAGUGGAGGAUGAGGAAAGUAGAGAGUCUGCUAUAAUAAGGCCUGUUGAGGAGGAGGAAGGGAAUGUUGCAGAAUUCUCAGAAUCUUCUAAGAAUCAUUGUCAUUCUGAGGGUGGCAAGGAACACUGGUCAGAACAUCGGCCAGAUCCUCAAAUAUCUGAACCUGAUGACUUUCAGUUUACAAAAGUACCCCAGGACAGAGAGAUGGGUAGCAACAGGCACUUCAGCCCGACCUCCAUGUCCUGCGACUUUGACACAACCAGCAUCAACAGUGAGGAGACAGAAGAGUCCAGUUUGGACACAAAUGUGUGCAAACAAAUAAAAAAGAGUAAGGUUAAGGCCAGCCAGUUAGGCUCCAAGUUCUCCGUCUUUGCCAAGAUGCCCUCUUUCAGAAAGGGCAAAAGUUUUAAAACCAGAAAGGGAGAGAGUUCACCCCGGGAGUCCCCUGAUGGGCAUUCUGAUCCCUCCUUCUACAAAUCCCUCAUAGCGGAGCAGGGCAGGAAGCAGAAGGGGCAACAGGGGGACAACUCUGAUGACGAGGUCUUCAUCAAGGGAGACAUCCACAACCAGACUGUCCAGAAUGCCUUUUGCCCUUGGCGCUUCGAGACAGAAGAGGAGGACUAUGGCUUCUUUCCCUCCACACCACGCACACGCCAUGUCCAACAACUUUUCAUCCAGACCUCCAAGGGAGGAGAAGACACAGGGGAGGGUGCUCUCAGACCAGAAAGCCUUCACCUCAGCCAGGCUCAGACAGCCGAGGCCCUGGGAUAUAAGAGGAGCAACGACGGCCUCACCCUGCGCAUGCGCAUAGCUCAGGCUCACAGGUCGUUGUCCAGCCUGUUUGAGUUGCGCUCCGUGGAGCCUGAGGAGCAGGCAAACGCCGGGAUGGAGAGCGAGUCGGUGAAACAGUCGUGGAAGAAGUUAAUGAAGGAGUCAGAGAUGCCCAGACGGACAGUGUCUGUACCAGACGCAGAGAGCAGCAAGGACAUCAUGCAGAACAUCAGAGACCAUGCUUCCAGCUUGGACAAGCUGAGUGUCCCUGGGUCACCCUCCAGUCUUAGAGGCCAGCGUCACACUGACCCUCUGUCCAAGAGGUGCAUCCCACAGGACAAGGGGGAAGACUGCCUUCAGGGGUGCAGGUCCGAGGGUGAGAGGAGGAAAGGCCUACCCAAAGGUCUGUCCAUCGCAUUCUCAGACUCUGGUCCUCCUUCCUCGGCCACUCCCCUGUCGCCCUUGAGCACUGCCUCCGUAGAAGCCCUAGCCAAUCAGCUGCCUUCAUGCUGGGCCAGGUCACCAGCGACGUCAGAGAGUUCGGCAGGCACUCCCGUGAGACCCAUGAGUCCCAAGCCCUGCAGCCCCCGGCUGGCUGCCCAGCGCAGGUCCCACUCAGCACGGGCUCUGUCCCUCCUCUUCAUGGGCCAGUCCGCCAGCGUGGAGGGCCUGACCAAUCCCCCGGAGAGACCCAAGACCCUGAAGCCCCGAGCGGGGCCCCUCGGGGUGGCGGGGCCCCUGGGGAUGGCGGAGCCCCUGGGGAUGAUGGGGCCCCUGGGGAUGGCGGGGCCCCUGGGGAUGGCGGGGCCCCUGGGGGCCUCCCUCAAUCCCCUGGAGAUUGCAGACAGUGGUGGGAACAGCCAGUCCCAGAUCAGCCUGCUCACCUCUAUGUCCAUCAAUGAGUUUGAGGCCACACAAGAUGGCCGUAAACCAGCCAGCCAAUCAGGAGGAAAAAGUGCAGCAGACAGGAAGCUUCACGGGACUGCCCCGGUGAGAUCUACACCAAUGAGACGCGGUCACCGGAUUGGUAGUGACGACCUGUGGAUUGAGGAAGAGAAGCAACGGCAGUGUGCGCUACGUCGAGCGGUGAGGGGCAGCGUGGGACAGCUGAACACCCACUUAUCUGAAGAUCUGGAGAAAGCCCAUGCCCGAGUCUCCCUCUCAGCCACGGAGGCACUGCGGACCAUGUACAGGCUAUCUGGGACGCCCCUUAAGGCCCACUGCUUCUCCCAGAGCACCCCUGUAGGACUGGACUGCCUUGGCUGGAGAAGACGCCCCUCCUACCACUCGGUGGUGGUUCCAGAUGGGGGGCCAGAGAGGUGCGGGGGGCUGGGGGACGGGGCCAGUGAGGAGGAUCUGUACGAAGACUUCCACAGCUCCUGCCAUCGCUUCGGCCACCCUGGAGGAGGAGGCGAACAACUAGCCAUCAACGAGCUGAUCAGUGAUGGUGGCGUGGUGUUUGCUGAGGCGCUCUGGGACCACGUCACCAUGGACGACCAGGAGUUGGGCUUCAAGGCUGGGGACGUGAUCGAGGUUAUAGACGCCAGCAACAAGGAGUGGUGGUGGGGGCGAAUCCUGGACAGCGAAGGCUGGUUCCCUGCCAGCUUUGUACGACUGCGUGUGAACCAGGAUGAGCCCAUGGAGGACUUCCUGUCCCAGCUGGAGGAGGAGGCUUCGGGGAAGGAGGAGCGGGCGUGGGGCGGGCUGGGUGCGGCGCUGCCCUGCAGGGACCAGAUGAGGACCAACGUCAUCAACGAGAUCAUGAGCACAGAGAGAGACUACAUCAAGCACCUGAAAGACAUCUGUGAGGGCUAUAUCCGGCAGUGUCGUAAGAGGACGGACAUGUUCAGCGAGGAGCAGCUGGUCACCAUCUUUGGGAACAUCGAGGAGAUCUACCGCUUCCAGAGGAGCUUCCUCAAGGACCUGGAGAGAAGGUUCCAGACCGAGCGGCCACACCUCAGCGAGAUAGGCAGCGUGUUCCUGGAUCACCAAACAGACUUCCAGAUCUACUCUGAGUACUGCAACAACCACCCGAAUGCCUGUGUGCAUCUCUCCCGGCUCAUGAAGGUCAACAAGUAUGUGUUCUUCUUCGAGGCCUGCCGCCUGCUGCAGAAGAUGAUCGACAUCUCGCUGGAUGGCUUUCUGCUCACUCCCGUCCAGAAGAUCUGCAAGUACCCGCUACAGCUGGCUGAACUGCUGAAAUACACCAAUCCCACACAUAGGGAUUACCGGGAUGUGGAAGCUGCUCUGAGCGCCAUGAAGAACGUUGCUCGACUCAUCAACGAGAGGAAGCGCCGCCUGGAAAACGUCCAUAAGAUCGCCCAAUGGCAGAGCUCCAUAGAGGACUGGGAGGGUGAAGACAUCCUUAGUAUGAGCUCAGAUCUGAUCUUCUCCGGGGAGCUGACGAAGAUUUCUCCUCCCCAGUGUCGGAGUCAGCAGCGUAUGUUCUUCCUGUUCGACCACCAGAUGGUCUUCUGCAAGAAGGACCUGUUACGCCGGGACAUGCUGUACUAUAAGGGCCGCAUGCUGAUGGAGCAGGUGGAGGUGGUGGAUGUAGAGGACGGGAGGGAGAAGGACUUGAACGUGAGUGUGAAGAACGGUGUGAAGCUGCACUCAGCCAGUGGAGACUUCCUGCUGUGCGCCAGGAAGCCGGAACAGAAGCAGCGCUGGUUGCAAGCCUUUGCUGACGAGAGGAAACAGGUCCAGAAUGACCGUGAGACUGGUUUCUCCCUCACCGAGGUGCAGAAGAAACAGGCAAUGCUGAACGCCUGCAAAAUCCAUCCAGCAGGGAAGCCUAAAGCUGUGACUCGUCCCUACUAUGACUUCCUUCUGCGCCAGAAGCACCCGUCCCUGCCCAGUACCCUGGCACAGCAGCAGGUCUUCCUGCUGGCCGAGCCCAAACGCAAGACCACAUUCUGGCACAACAUCGGCCGGCUCACGCCCUUCAAGAAGUGAAAGAGAAGAGGGGAGCUAUCCGCUCGUGCCUGAACAGACCUUUAUAAUUCUUCCUCUUUUUGUUCCCCCUUUGUAUUUAUAACGUCCUAAUUGAUAUUCUGAUUAUUGUGAAGAUAAAGAUUAUGACAAUAUUGAUUAGGAUAUUUUUUCUUUGAGAAAGCACUUUAUGAGGUUAGGGUUAACAAUCAGAAUGGGAAAAGCUGUGCUGGACAGUAAGGUUUAGAGAGCGUUGCCAUGGGAGAGCGUUGCUACGACUCAUAAUUAUGGUACUAAUACUGCUACUGUUCUACUGACUGUGACCAUGUGACCAUGUGACAGUUGCUCUUUGAAAGACGAGAGAAUUGAUUUUUUUCAGUGUUUUGUUUUAUGUUCAACAAAUGCCAACCGCUCACAGUGCCACAUGAAUUUGUUUUUCUAUUGAAGUUUGUUUUCUGUCAAGAAGAAAAAAGAAAGAAAGGGGAACGUUUCUUAUUUCUGUGAAAAUGUACGAGAUAAUAUUAAGGUUGAUUUGAGUGCUGGAGAGAAGCGUUUGGAACCCUAAGGCAUUAACCUUUAUACUUGUCUAUAUAUACUCAUCUAUAGAUACUAGUCUAGAUACUAGUCUAUAGAUACUAGUCUAUAGAUACUAGUCUAUAGAUACUAGUCUAGAUACUAGUCUAUAGAUAAACCCACUCAGCCCCCCACCUGUACCUCUGGAGCCUUACCCUGCUCACUGGAAGCUCAUUACUUCUUUUUGGAAGUGCCAUCUGAAAUCUCAUGGAUUAAAUUUAGCCUAAUGGCAUGAUACAUACAUACAAACACAUGCUUGGAAGCUUCAAAAAAACGUCUCCCUUUUAAUGGUUUCAGCAACAGAUUCAUUUAAGAUGAAGCUAGGUAGGGUCAGGGUUGAGGCUAGCAAGGGUUAGGGUUAAUGUUAGCUAGGGUAAGGGGUUUGCUAGGGUCAGGGUUAGCUAGGGUCAGGGUUAGCUAGGGUCAGGGUUAGCUAGGGUCAGGGUUAACUAGGGUCAGGGUUAGCUAGGGUCAGGGUUAGCUAGGGUCAGGGUUAGCUAGGGUCAGGGUUAGCUUCUGAUCCCUGUGGAGCUGAGCUCCUCAUUCCUCCCUCACCUGAUGAAUGUUCAUGAGGCGCUAGUGAGACAGAGUUGUUGAAGCACGGAUGAAACCUGGAGAGAAGUAGGGCGGGGGACAAUUUACUGACAGGUCCUCUCAAACAUCCUAAUAGUGCUUGGAACGUUUCUAAAUUCACGUUAUUGUUUUAUCAGUGCUGGCAGUGGGAGAGGUCUGAAGGGUCGAUAGCUGUUAUGAAGGGACGGUCAGGGUUUGUAUGCUGUGACUAUGCAGCAACGCUGGAAUUAUUCCUAGCCUAAUAUGAACCAUUUUUGAUGGACUAUCACAUUUAUUUUGAUCAUUUCCUGAUAAUCCCUAAAAACAUUUAUUUUUAGCAUUAUACUUAUUUUGCCUUUCUAUAUCAAGUUACAAGUAAUGUUGAUAGUUUUUUUAAAGGUAGCUCUGUGGAGCUUAAACUGAAACUAACUCAAAAAGAGGUUUUGGAGUGUAGUUAUACUAUAGAGCUGGACAUUCACGUCCUGCAGCUCCUCCAGAUUGACGCAUUGCAAAUUAACCAUGGCAGGGUGCUUUGUUCAGUUGUAAGGAGUUUCCUAAAUAUUCUUUUACUUUUUAAAGGGUUCCAGGUCUGCCCAAAUACUGAACCUGCAUGCAGGAGUGCAUGUCUUUACCCAAACCCCAAACAUUUGAUUUUGAAUGAAAUAUAUACUUUUUACUUUUACUUACGGAACUGUUAUCAGGUGUGUUGUGUGUAAGAUAUGAAGCAUUGCUCAGAGUUGUCACAAACAUGACAGAAUAUGCUUUGAGCCUUUGAGUAUGCCAACAGCUUUCAAGUAUGCUAGCUUUCGAGUUUGCUAACUUUCGAGUAUGCUAGCUUUUUUGCCCUUGGGUAUGCUAGCCUUUGGUAUGCUAGCCUUUGGUGUUGCUCUGAGUGACAUGCAUGUCAGAUUUGCCUAAAUGUUCAAGCAAAUCUCUUCCUGCCAGCGGCACACAGUGCUACAUGAAGGAGAGCAGCUGUGUGUUCUCCAGUUUCACUCCUCCCGACAUUCUCUUCAAUAUCUCCCACAAUAUGUUCUCCUGUAGCCGCUACACAGAAUCUGGAAUCCUCAAGCUAGUGACAGUCUGUUUCCCAGUGGCAAAUAAACAACCGUUUCCAUUUCAAUAAAAGUCGAGCUGAGCUGACAGCAGAUAAAGCUGUUACAUGGUCGCCUGAUUGGAAAACACGUUCAAUGCUAGCCAGGAGAACAUGUUUCAUGCUAGCCAAGAGAACAUGUUUCAUGCUAGCCUGGUUAGCUCUAUAGAUCAUGUACCAUGCUAGUCUGAUUAGGGAUCACAGAUGGUACAUUAACAUUCAUAAGAAGUAUCCCAAUAGUUCCUGUUAUUCUUGUAAUGGUUUACAGUAUUUUUUAUUUUAUUUUAUGCAUCACUUGGUCUCCAUCCUGCUGUUCCAGACAGAAUUCGUGUCAGAGUUUCACCUCGUUUGUCUUGGGUUGAGUUGCGCAAUUGUUACAUUUCUCUAGAUUGUUCAAAUUGCUAAAUGAAAAAGUGUUUGUACAUUAUAUUUGUAAGUGUAUGGUUGUUUACAUAUGCACUCAAAUUACGGGAAAAUAAAACCUUAUGUGUCUCUG